UACCCUUGCCAUACGAACUGCCGCGACUCCAGGAUCCUGCAGGGUAAAUUCACCGCGUUUGGAAGAUACUGAAACCGUGGCUGUUCUUCCAGUAUCCCAACAGAAGAAAGGUUUCAACUGUCGCUCGGCUCCCAUCUCUGCAAUAUAGCCUAUACUACCUGGUGCUGCUAUUACAACGGACGCAAACGAAGACAAGAGGAGACUAGGCUACACAUUGCGACGUGAUUUUGGAUUUCGCAACCAUUGACAACCUUUUGCACACCAAGUGUGUUAUUUUGUCUAUGUCCUGUUUGGGAUAUAUUGUGUUCGUAUUAUCUUAUCUAUAGCAUACGAUAAAAAAAAGAGCCUUAUAACUGGUAGUAAUCCAGUAUUUGGGCACUAUUCCCACACCAGAGACUCAUACAGUGAUUAUCACAUAGAACGACACAGGAGAUAUACCUAUCCCGGUUUCACAAUGAGUCAGGGGGAUGUAUCAACUUGCUCAGCGCCUCAGAGAGUAUUCCAAGAGGCGGUGAAGCAAGGCAACACAAAGGAACUUCACUCGUUGCUCCAGAACAUGACAAACUGCGAAUUCAAUGUCAACUCCUUCGGGCCCGAAGGACAGACGGCGUUGCAUCAGUCAGUCAUCGACGGGAAUCUCGAACUUGUAAAACUGCUGGUGAAAUUCGGAGCCGAUAUUCGAUUGGCGAACAGGGAAGGGUGGAGUGCCUUACACAUUGCCGCUUUUGGAGGACAUCAAGACAUAGUCCUAUACCUCAUCACUAAGGCAAAGUACUCUUCUGGCGCACGGUGAUCUGCUACACUGCUGUCAGGUAAACACACGGAAAGCCAGGCUUUUGUAAACUUGCGUUUCGAUCUGUACAUAGUUGUCCCAAAUUAUAGCCUAAAAACACACAGUAAAUUACCUUUCAUCAAAACCAAACAGGGUCUCUCUGACUCGUGAGUCAAACACCACAUGGUUCUUGUAUCUGCUUCAGCAUGAAUCUUGAAAAAAAUAAACGCCAUUUUGGUGGGUUGGUACUAAAGCUUUUUUUCUUGAAUGUGUAUAAUAGAUUGGGACAUAUAAAAAUAACUAAGCCGGUGUUUGGGUCCCGAGGCCAGAUAGCAGCCUAGUUUUACGCGGCGAUAGACGUUCCAUCUUUCUUGCCGCUGUUUCAUUGAAACGCUUCUUUAUUGGGCUUUGUUUUGAUGUGUCGACCUGUAGCUACGCUGUUCACUUGUAGGACCCUUUUAAAUUAUUUGAUAUACUAAAAGAUGGCACUUGAUGCUGUGGCUGCAUGCUGGARUAGCCUAUACGAAAGGGAAGACGAUGUGGGCACGGGGAAUGAAUGCCAUCAUCUAUUUGGCUUUAAUAUUUCAUUUUUAAAUUAAAGGAUUUGAUCUAUUUCAAAGUGCGGCAUUAUGAUAUAUCCAAUUUGCUUUUCCAGAUGUGUAUUCAUUGUAACAGCAAUGUACCUAAUGUUGUUAAGUACUGUACACAAUAGCUUUACUUUGUUUCUUUAUAUAUAUAAAAAAAAAAUAGCUAAAUGCGCUCUGCCUUCAUCAAACAGGCUGCUUGGCUGGCAUCAACGUAUUUUCAGGCCAGUGCGACCAGUGUCAAUGGUUAAUGUACUAUUAAACCGCUGCUUUCGCUUUGUAUCAAAACGUCAGGAAAGUCGCAUUUGGAAUUCACUUUAUCUCCUUUCAGUAUUUUAACGAACAACACCCUGGUCAUCACUGUGAAUACAGGCUGGGUUCUAUUUAUGAAGGUACAUUGAGAAGAUGCAUUUUGAAUAUGUUGUGGUUCUUUUUUCUCUCUCUCUCAAAUCAAAUCUAUGACGUUUUUCAAUAUUUAGGGUGACUUAUAAAGCUGCUUCGGACUCUCGUAUCGUAGUAUAAACUGUCCCGUGUGGAGAUCCCGUCACGUCCCAAUUAGCCUAAAUUUGUCUGCGCUGGAGAGACUAUUCUUUGUCUCUUAUGAACUUMAUGUUUUGUUUUCUUUACCAGCUACCUCGACUGUAAAGUAUUCAAAAUCAUUGGACUCUUGCUCACUCCACAACACUCCAAUACAGGAAGUCACACAAAGAUUCCUGUAGCCUGUCCGCAACCUGGUCUAGGCCAACAUAAGGAGCAUACUCACACAGACAUUCAAGUAGCAGAUACUUUGGCAGUAGGCCCCAGGGCAAUGUUAUUCAAACCACAGAUUUCGGCUAGGGGACAACUAUGGUAUUUGUUCUGCAAAUCAAUAAUGACUAUUUACAGUUUCUUUCUCAUCGUCAACGGGGACAAUGUAUUUCCCACACUACUACCAAAUUGUAAUGUGACAAGCAAAGGGGUUUGCCUUUAUUAUUAUUUUUAAAUCAGUGAAUCGAUUAUAUCGCCAUUCUGUUUGAAGUUUCUAUUUAGUCACAAAAAUKUAAUUUGAUUGCAUACCUUAUAAAUACAGGGAGUUUUAUUGCACAAAAUGCGGAGCCUUUUAAUCCCCCCCCCCCCCUGGUGCUUGUCCGGGUAACUGCAGGAGCUGAGGCUUAUAAAUAGUUACUACUGAGCAGGAGUAUAAACCUAUUAUUAAUCAACAUGACCAUUGCAGGAUAUCAAAAACAAUUGGUUUAAGAAAAACUGCCUGCCUCAUUUUGAAAGUCAUGCCACCUUAAUACUUGUUUCUAUGCUGCUUGUAUGUUACUUUUUUCAUUUGUGUUUAUUUUUUAUUUCACUCAACGGCCAACAGUGAGUGAAAGAUAUAAAAAGCCCGAUAGCAUCACAGUCAUUUAAUGAGAAGCCGUGUGCGUGUGUGAGAGUGUACAUGUGCGCAUGUAUGUAUGCAUGUGCACGUGCUCACGUGUGUGAGAGUCUGUCGCAUACAUACAUCUGACCGUCGUGUCCUGAGCGAGCUGAGCUGUCCCCCCUGCUCCUCUCCUCCUGCGUGUGUGAGGCCUGCUCCUCUCCUCCUGUGUGUGUGAGGCCUGCUCCUCUCCUCCUGUGUGUGUGAGGCCUGCUCCUCUCCUCCUGCGUGUGGCAUUGUGUUGCGACCUGGGUCUGCUCUGCCUACCAUGAGUAGAGGGACAUCAGGGAAUAAGGACUGUCCUUCCAUAUACCUGGAAAAACAAACUAAAGCAAUAGAAAGAAACAUCAAGGCAUAUAUUGGUAUUAGCAGAACGGAAGAAAUAUGCAUCGCUGGUCUUAAACUUGAUCGUUUUUUUGAUAUAUAUAUUUGUUUAAUGUUGCACUGAUGACUGUUGUUGAUUUGGCUUUUUAUCAAGUCGACAUUUAAUUUUUUUUCUGAACAGAAAAAAAGGAACACAACAAAAUACUAUUGUAUAAAAAAGGCUCCAGGUUGUUAUGUCUCUUGUUUGUUAACUUUGUGAAACAUUGUUUUUGCAAAGGUUGUUUGUAUCUCUGUGAUCGGGUGUAUAUAUAUGUAUAUAUAUAUAUAUGUAUAUAUAUAUGUAUAUAUAUAUGUAUAUAUAUAUAUAUAUAUGUAUAUAUAUAUACACUGAAAAAAUAUCUUGGUGCACUUUCUUUUUUGAAGUGCUGUCCUCCUCCUGUUGUUAUGAAAGUGGUAAAAAACAUUUGAUGGUAAGAUCAUUGUUACAUAAAAAAAUUGCACGGUGUGUAGUUGUUCUACUCAACAGUGUCAUAACAUUUAUGGCCCAAGAGUGGACGCCUGGCUAGGUGUAAAUGAAUGAGAUAAAGCGCUGACAUUUUUUUUUCGGGGGGGGGGGCAAGGUCUGUUUUUGUUUAGCUUUUUUUUCGAGCGACACAAAAACAAAUGUCGUGAGUUUCUUGAGUGAUGCAGUUGCUCCAUCGUGUUUGAUUUUGGGUGUGAUUUCAUUUCUUUUGUAUUUGUUUUGUAUUUCCUUUUUGAACAUUUGUAACACUGUGAUCGUGAUGAUGUGUGGUGAGGAAAUGAGUGCUGUAAUAUUUUUGUACGUUUGUGUACAAGCCAGUAAAGAAAUCAUUAAACUCUCUGUUGUGUC